AUGUGCCGCAGAUACCGCGUGCCACUCGACUAUAGCCAGGGACUGGUCGCAGGCAACAUCACUGUCACGGUGAAACGCUCUCGUGCUGCCAAAGAAAGCGACGGCCAACUCUGGAUGAUGGGAGGAGGCCCUGGUUCGCCUUCCUAUUCCGAGCUGGGAUCGAUUUCAAGUCCUGGAAAGGUUGAUUAUACACUGGACCACCGCGGUACUGGAUGGUCCACCUUGUUGGAUUGCCCAAAAGUCCGCAAGCAGCCUGGUAAUUUGCCCUGGGGCAACUCGUGGAUGAAGUGGGUAGGUCUUGGCAACGUGUCUGCGGAAACUGUCGAUGCCUGCCUGGCCGAAAUCUCAGAGGACAUUGGUGCGCCCAGGCAUUUCACUGCAGCUAAUGCUGCGCGAGAUCUGGCCUCCAUCAUCAUGGCAAUUCAAGCCGAAACAGGAAGCACAGCCGAUGUUGGCAUCCAUGGUUUUUCCUACGGAACCGUAUGGGCGCGACGCUUCCUGGAACUGCAGGGCCAGGAGUUUCCUGUCAUCGUCUCACAUGUCGGCAUUGAUGGCGUUUGCAGUGGGGACUAUGACUACGGGCAAUAUGCCUUGAUGGCAAACAGUGCCGGGCGGCGGCUGUUGGACGAGUACUGCGAUGCAGAUUGUCGUGGCAAGCUUGGCGCACCUGCCACUGGCUCUCUUGCCGCUUGGUUUGGGAGGGCCGUGAAGGAAAUUGACAAAGCCAUUACCGAUGGUUCAGAGGGCUUCUGCGCUAAAUACCUUUGGGAGCGUUUUGCAAAGUCAUCCGCUCUUUCAGGGUGGACCGCCAAGGCCUCAAUCAAGGAGGCUCUGGGUGCAAUAGGCUAUCUGCAUGUUACGUACGGAUCAAAAGCAAUGACAGAGUUUGUCGCCUUCGUUCUCUCCUUGCGACGAUGUGUCAGAGACACAGCUGCUACGACCAUCCCGAGUGAUUUCUGGGCAGUUGCUCAUAGAAUCGACCUCAGUGUUCGGGUUGCGACCCGCUACCUUGAAACCUAUCCGUCCUCCUUUGACGCGAUUCUUCACCACAUCGUCGGCUUCGGUGACAUGUGGAAGGGUCCUCCCGAGCUACGCGCAUGGGGGUUGAAGGAUGCAAGACAUGGCAGCUGCAGUUUGGAAUCAUGGCGACACUUCUUUGAUGAGGAGGUCUUCUGGGCACCGGACUUCGUGACCUUGAUGAGCCGAUAUCAGGAUGUGUUCAAUAAGUACGGCUAUCGCGAGAAUUCUGCGCUCGUCCAUGGCAGUGGCCGUCCUUGGAGUAACGUAACGGUUCUCGUGACCAAUGGCGACUUGGAUGGGCAGACUCCUUUGAGAUUUGCCCGUGCCGCCUUUGAAGCUUUGCCAACGUGCAAAGCAAAAGUGGAGCUUCCAACCGGAAGACACUGUGUCUCUACCGAUUCCUGUCUCCAGAAAGUGGUUAACGCUUUCUAUGGCAGUCCGGCAAGUUCCUGCCCUUCCGGUUCGGUGAAUCCGGCAAGUUCCAGUGAUCUUGGGCAGGCUCUGGAAGCAUUCGAUUCAGGCAAUUGUAGUGCCAAGAAAGUAGAGACGUGGACAGGCCUGCUGCCUGUAGAUGAUUGUGGGCGGGAGCAUUCCAGCUCCGGUUGUGAUAAGAGUUUUGGAGCUGGCGGCGAUGGAGUUUGCGACAUGUGUUUUGCAAAAUGUGUCGAGUUGCUGGACAAGGCAAACGUGCCGAACUCAAGAUGCGUUUGUGCGUCAGAGGCUGCUCGCUGUGGAGCCAGAGGCAAUUGCACAGCGGGAGGGUUUGCAUUCUGCUCAGAAGAAGCGUCACACGCCGGCUGUGACAACGAGGACGAGUUGUGCCAGGAUCCAGGACUGGUUGUAGCAUAG